UAUUGGUUUGUCAUUUGCCGGCAGAUUGUUUUCUGUUGCUUGGACAGCUGAUUCCCCGGCAAGACGUCGUCAAAGUGAGUGUCGGAGGUUAGAGAAGGCGACUCCAAUUUACGUUCUUUAUGUUGAGUGCCGGGAAAGUUGUUUGCCGAAGUUUCAAAAGAGUGUGUCAGCCACGCUUCCUCAGCACAAUGAAAUAUUUGAAUCAAACCGAGGCAAUAAAUGUGGACGUUGAGCUGUUCAAUGAAUACAAAUUCAGCGUUGAUCAAUUAAUGGAACUAGCCGGGUUAAGUUGUGCUCAUGCAAUCGCAAAAUGCUAUUCCGCUGAAUCACACAAAAAUGUGUUGGUUUGUUGCGGUCCUGGAAAUAACGGUGGGGAUGGGUUAGUAUGUGCCCGCCACUUAGCCCUUAUGAACUACAAACCGGCAGUAUAUUAUCCCAAACGCACGGACAAGGAGUUAUAUAAAAAUCUAACUCAUCAAUGUUGUUCAAUGGGUGUGGAAAUUAUAAACGAAUGCCCGUCAAUUGACCAAGCAAAAGGACAAUAUUCAUUGAUUGUUGAUGCGAUUUUUGGCUUCAGUUUUAAACCGCCAGUGCGCGAUGCAUUUGUUCCAAUUCUGGAUUUGUUGAAACAAAGUGGUAUUCCUAUUGUUAGUGUAGAUAUACCGAGCGGUUGGCAUGUAGAGAAUGGACCGUCUGCAGAUGAUAUUCAACCAAAUCUGCUAAUAUCAUUGACAGCACCGAAAAUGUGCGCUCGUCAUUUCACUGGAGAAUAUCACUAUUUGGGCGGCCGAUUUGUGCCGUUUGCGUUACAGGAGAAGUAUCAAUUAUGUUUGCCUCCAUAUCAUGGAACUGAUACCUGUGUCAAACUAUCAGGAUAAGAAAUGCGUUAGAGAUUAAUCUGGGUGCAUUUAUUACUUGUUUUUUAAUUUGAUAUUUUAUACAAAGUCUUAAUUAAAGGUUUUGAUUGGUGGAA